AUGGCUAGAAAUAGAGAGAUUGAUGACUACAGGGGUUAUUGUCAAGAAUGCAAGUCAUACACUUCAACUGUUCUUGAUCACGGAUCUGGGGACACAAUCUGCAGCGACUGUGGAUUAGUUCUCGAAUCCCACUAUAUUGAUGAAAUUACCGAAUGGCGAACCUUCGCCGAUGAUAACAACGAUACAGAUCCUAAUCGUGUUGGUGAAGCAGCAAACCCUCUUUUAAGCCAAGGCAAUCUAACAACUUUAAUAUCCAAGCCUAUGGGGACUAAGGGUGAUCUUGUAAUUUCAAAAUGGCAGACUCGUGUAUCAAACCCUGAUAGGGUUGUCAUCCAAGGUUUUCAAACGAUUGAAGUAAUGGCAAAUAGAUUAAGUCUUGUGCUUUUGAUCAAGGAUAGGGCUAAAGAGAUAUACAAGAAGAUAGGAGAGCAGAAAUCUUGUAUUAUAAGGAACCAAAAAGCAAUGUCUGCAGCAUGUUUGUUCAUUGCCAGCAGAGAGAAUAAGUUGCCAAGGACAUUGAAUGAAGUAGCGAGUGCUGCUUAUGGGGUAACCAAGAAGGAGAUUAACAAAGCUGUGCAGAUUAUAAAGAGGCAUGUAGAGUUGGAGGAUAUGGGGACAAUAAAUCCUAGUGAACUUGUGAGGAGGUUUUGUUCAAAUCUUGGAAUGAAAAAUCAUGCUGUCAAGGCUGUGCAUGAAGCUGUUGACAAAAUUCAAGAUAUUGAUGUAAGGAGGAACCCUAAGUCUGUAUUGGCUGCAAUUAUUUACAUAAUCACUCAGCUUUCAGAUGAGAAGAAGCCUCUUCGAGGUCUGAGUUCUCCUUAG